AUGCACUUUGGACGAAAACCUGAUUAUGAAAUGAGGAAUGCAGUUUCAUUUAUUGCCCCAGUUUUCAGGGAAGGCAAUUGUAAUGAAGAUAUAAAUUGCAGCUACAAAGUGAAAAAAGUUAAUUGGUCAGAACAUGCAAAAGCACACAACGACUUCUUGAGUCAAGAUAAAUUCUUGAGUGCAAACUUCCUUUUCUCGUUGUCAACUCAAAAACCUCAAACUGAUGAAGCAAUGAGUGCAAGGUCUGUGAUUUGUCAAGUUCGGGAUGUAGGAAGGAACACGGCACAAGUUGAAAAGGCUUGGAAGCUCCUGUCUGGCCUUCAGUUAUCUUCUCGAAGUUAUAUCAAACCUGGAAAAACUCUUUCUCUAUGCAAAGAUGGAAAUGCUUUCGUAUCUCAGAGCACAAGACAAACAUCUAAAUGCUCAUCUGGUUUGAAAAGCACAGGAUGUCACCAGAAUUAUCAAAACCCUGCAAAAGAUGAAGUACAUACUGGUGAAACCAAUAGAAACUCGGGCAGUACCUGGGCAUCACGAGCAUUUGAGUCUAAAGAGAUCCCUCGCCCCAGAGUGAAUGCCCCCACCAAGUCCUCAACUAAUGUCAUUGAUGAUGAUAACAUGGAUGAUGAUGACAUUUUGGAGCUAGGCAUCUGUCCUGAAGCUUCAAGUCACCUGCAGGCUAUGAAGGAUACUCUAAUAUGUAUAUCAAAUGAUCUUCUUGAUAAUGUUGGUGAGAUCAAUUCAGAGAGAAUCCAGGCCCUUCAACAAGAAAGGCAACUGCUGAGGAAGCAGAUUCAGCAGCUUGAGAAACAUCUCCAAACAACGUUGGUGAACGAGGAAAGGAAAAUGUCUCAUUUUUCUGCUUCCACAACAACCCAUAUGCCAUGUCAACAUGACACCGCUUCACCAAUGCCAUCUAGAAUUGAACCCAGAAGGCUAGAUUCCCAGUUUCAAGCAAACAAUGAGCCAUAUGCAUUUGAUAGAUGGGGCCAAUCAUCUUCAUCAUUUUAUUCUACAGAUGGGUUUGGUUUAUCAAAUGCUCCUGUGGAGAGAGAACCGUAUAUUCCAAAAAAUAUUGACAUAAAUUACAUAGAUGGUUCAACUGACAAAAAAUGGAGCAGUCGGGAAUUUGCUUGGACAAAGAAACUAGAGACAAACAACAAAAAAGUGUUUGGCAAUCAUUCUUUCCGUCCAAACCAAAGGGAGGUGAUCAAUGCUACAAUGAGCGGCCACGAUGUUUUUGUAUUAAUGCCAACUGGAGGGGGUAAAAGCUUGACUUAUCAGCUCCCUGCUCUUAUAUGUCCUGGCAUAACUUUGGUCAUUUCUCCUCUCGUUUCUCUCAUUCAAGACCAAAUAAUGCAUCUACUGCAGGCAAAUAUACCUGCUUCUUAUCUGAGUGCCAACAUGGAGUGGACAGAGCAGCAGGAGAUUCUAAGAGAGCUUAGUUCUGAUUAUUGCAAGUACAAGUUGUUAUAUGUCACUCCAGAGAAAGUUGCUAAGAGUGAUGCUCUACUGCGUCAGUUGGAGAGCUUACAUUCACGUGACUCUCUUGCUCGUAUUGUCAUUGAUGAAGCUCAUUGUGUUAGCCAAUGGGGACAUGAUUUUAGACCAGAUUACCAGGGUCUUGGUAUGUUGAAACAGAAGUUUCCGAACAUACCUGUCUUGGCCUUAACUGCUACUGCUACUAUUAGCGUUAAGGAAGAUGUUGUGCAAGCACUAGGUCUGGUAAACUGCAUUGUCUUUCGGCAAAGUUUUAAUCGUCCAAAUUUACGAUAUUCUGUGGUUCCAAAGACAAAGAAGUGUGUGGAAGAGAUUGACAAGUUUAUCAGAGAGAGUCAUUUUGAUGAAUGUGGAAUCAUAUACUGUCUAUCGAGAAUGGAUUGUGAAAAAGUUGCUGAAAAGUUACAGGAGUAUGGACACAAAGCAGCCUUUUACCAUGGCAGCAUGGACUCUGAGCAGCGUGCAAUGGUUCAGAAGCAGUGGAGCAAGGAUGAGAUCAACGUUAUAUGUAUUAAUAAGCCUGAUGUUCGGUUUGUCAUUCACCAUUCUCUUCCAAAAUCCAUUGAAGGCUACCAUCAGGAGUGUGGUCGUGCUGGUCGGGAUGGUCUGCCUUCGACUUGUGUUUUAUACUACAGUUAUAGUGAUUAUAUUCGCGUGAAACACAUGAUUAGUCAAGGAGCUUUUGAGCAAAGUUCCCUAUCGUCAGGCUAUCAUCGUGCAAAUACGGCACCUUCAGGGAGGUUAUUGGAGACAAACUCCGAGAAUCUGCUACGAAUGGUUAGCUACUGUGAAAAUGAUGUUGAUUGUCGACGUCUCCUACAACUAAUUCAUUUUGGAGAGAAGUUUGAUUCUAUGAACUGCCAGAAAACAUGCGAUAAUUGUUUCAAGAGUCAAAACUAUGUGGAGAAAGAUGUGACUCAGACUGCAAAGCAGCUGGUCGAAUUAGUAAAGACAACAAACCAGCAGUUUUCAGCUGCUCAUCUCCUGGAGGUGUACAGAGGUUCCUUGAACCAGUUUGUCAAGAAACACAAACAUGAGAAGUUGAGAUUGCAUGGAGCUGGAAAACUUUUGGCCAAGGGUGAAGCAUCUCGUGUACUCCGUCAUCUGGUCACUGAAGAUAUCCUGAUUGAAGAUGUGAAGAAAAGUGAUAUGUUUGGAUCUGUAUCGUCAGUAUUGAAGGUGAAUGGACCCAAGGCCAACAAUCUUGUUUCUGGAGUUCAGACAAUUAAACUAAGAUUCCCAGGUGGUGCCAAAGCAUCUAAGUCAAGUCGAUCAGCAGCCGCCACUCCAGCAAAAGUCUCAUUGCCUAUGGAAAAGAAAAGCUUUACGCAGAUGGAUAUUCCAGCAGCCCAACCUCAAUCCGAAGCGAAAUUGGGCCUUCCAGCCAAAUUAUAUGGUGCAUUGCGAGCACUUAGAACCACCCUUAUCAAUGAAGCUGAAGAGAUUGGGCUGGGUGCUCAUCACGUUUUCACAACUACCAUAUUACAAAGCAUCUGCAGGGCUAUUCCUAGAACCAAAGACGAGCUCCUAGAAGUUGACGGCAUUGGAGAUGGCAAGCUCAUGAGAUACGGUGAUCGUGUCCUGGAAACUAUAGAGGUCACCAUCAGAGAACAUAACAGGGAUAAAAACGGCACCAGCAGUAAUGACAGCUCGGAUUCGAGAAAAAGGGGAAAUGACACCAAGGUCUCGAGUGGUACCUCAAACGACGAUGAUUUUGUCGAGAGCACUGGCCGGACGAGAAAGAGGCUGGCAAAAAACCAGGAUAAAAAUCUUGAGCCGGUUUAUGAUGCAUUUCACGAAUUUGAUGAUAUCGACUUUGAUGACGAUCUGAUUGAUGUUGAGGUUAGCGAGGUGGUUCGGGUGAAUGGCGGCAGGGUCUUGCCUUCGUGGCCGAUUAAUGGGAGUUGAGGUUUGAGUUGGUUGGUUUUCUGAAAUGGUUCUUCUUUUGGGAGGGAAAUUGUAGUUGUGUUUGGUUUUGUUCUUAUGUUUCUAUGAGGGGGUUAAGGUUUCUUUUUGUGUAUUUAUUAUUUAUUUAUCUAAUCUCUUCUAAGUUGAAUAUGGAGGACUAAUGAUAAUAAUCUUUAGUGAUGCGGUUUUGGGUUUCCAAAUCGUGAAGUUAGA